UUUUCCUUUCAAACGUAAAUAACAAUUUCAUAUCUGAAAUUUUAAAGAUCAAGAUUUAGUGACAAUCAUGGAUGUAUUCUACGCCUUCAGCUAUGGGUCUGCCGGAUGGCUUGCUCUUCAAUCGGCUCCUUUGAUUUGUUCACCUACAAUUAUACUCGCCCUUCUCUCACCUGAGGUCCGAGAGCCAACCGUCCUCGAGACAUACUUCUCGAGAUCAUUGGGAAUGGCUCUGCUCACCUUGGCCAUACUGGUUGUCCUUUUGACGGGUUCAGUGCCCUUAACAUCCUCAAUAUCUGACACAACCAAUGCGAGGGUCACUACUGAAGCCUCUGACCCGAAGGCCCCCUACGCCGUUCCAACUUUGACAAUCAGCACUGUCUACCAUGCAGCCUGCGCUUUCUACUGUUACACCAGAUUCAGUACGAGCGGUCAGACAACCUUCGUUCUGGGAACAACAGGAUCAGCUGCUCUGGCCGCCAUAGGCCUCUGGUGUAUCUUGUUUGCUACCAGCAGUGGCAGGAUUAGUAGAAAGACUGGUGCGGAUAAGAGGACGAGUGCCUUUCCUUUCGAGAACAAGGAAGCGGCUUCUGCGAAGAAAAGAGAGAUGGAAAAGUCUACUUGAGAAGAAGCGAUGAGUGUGAGGAUUAUACAAUGCUGGAGAGAAUGAGGAACGGUGAAGUAGAGAAUGGGUUAGGAACAUAACGAUGGGCUUUGCUUUGCAUAUCCUGCCGGGAGCAGAGACCCCAGCAUAAUGGUACUAGUAAGAUGCUGGGUUUUAUUUUGUACUAUUAGGACUGUAAUAAGUCAGGUGGGAGAUUCGGUUUGUGCCAUAAGUUUGGCAAGACUGACGAAAGAUACAAGACCGUGGAUGGGUGGACCUUGCGAGGAUCUGUUAUCUGUCCGAUGGGUAGCCUACCUUAAGUAUAAGCGAAUAAAACGCCCCUUAACGCCG